AAAAAACUAAAUAUCAGCUGAUCGAUUUUGAUAACCAAUAAAUCGCUUCGAUAACCGAUAAGCGAAUGUGUAAGCUUAUCGACAUUUUGGCAAACGCAAUCGACAAAUAGUAAUUGAUGGGCGGACAGACACAUCAGGACAAUAAAAUAAAAACAUUAAAAUCAUUAAAAACAUUUGCCAGUUUUUAAACACCAGUUGCUGAAAAAAAAACAUCGAAAUUGUAAAGAUUUCCGCUUGUGUUUGCUGGCGACGAGAAUAUGUGAAAAUCCAUGGGAAAAUGUUGGUGAAAAUAUAGUAAAGACUACGACAGCCAGCCAUCUUGGUUUCAUUUCGAAUUUAUUUGGAGGAGGAGGCCUCGUCUCGUAAACCCAAAAUCACGCAGACCUUCUGCUUUAAAUAGAACAAGGCUGCUGUCGCCGUUUAUCUCUGGCGAAAAGGCAUCCCAAUUGGCGCUUAGGAAAAUUGAAACGUACAUGUAAAAUUGGAAGAGAUUGGAAAUUAAAUGGAUAAAGGUCAAUUGGCAGAGAAGACAAUACAACCUACAGUCGCAGUCGCCCCUUCUUGUAACCGAGAUGACGUAGUAGCUGCGGCAAAAAAGGAAAAAUCUCUUUCGACAACGGAGACGAACGAUGCUGUCGUCGCCACAGCCAACGCCACCGCUUCCCAGACGAAGACAUUGGCUGCGACGCGUGGCAAAGAUAUCAAUGAGAAAAAAGGGGAAGGGAAACUUCAUAUUGCGGAGUUCCCCUCUGAUACAGAGGAAUUGUUGGGCUCCGUUACCACAUACAAUUGCCAUGGAACACGAACAAGUGCCCGUGUCAUACAGAAAAUGCGACAAGAUCAACAGACCCGCCCCACAACCCCACCACCACCCGAAAGUGUUCGCAAAGAUGAACGUUCCACAUCACAGAAAACACCAUCGCAAGUAAGGGCAAAUAGGCCCACUUGGUCAAAUGUGGAGAGAAAUCAUUUCUUCGAUGCUUUAAAUGAGUUUGGCAAGGACUUUGAAGCUAUUGGAAAUUUUAUUAACUCCAAAUUGAAGCGCCGCAGUCCCGCCGUAGAUGUCUCUUUCAAAUCCAAGGAUCAAGUGCGGCAGCAUUACUAUCAAACCUAUCACAAGAUUUGCAAAUAUGUGAGAUUCUCAGAAGAGGUUCGUAAACCAGCGCAGGAAUUGUACGCCCUCAUAAACUAUGGAGAGAUGAGACGAAAGCUACAGUUUGUUACAGACAAACAUUUCAUGAAACUAAAAAACCUCGUUUAUCAUGGCCAUGUUACUGUGCGUUGCAAGGGUAAGAAUAUACGCAUCAAAACACCUUCAUGUAAAGCUUUGCGACGACUCAAUCAAUUGGAUGAUUCUCUGGAGGACAUACGAUUACCUUCGAAAAUCGAAGUCAUUAUAAGUCCUGCCAAUAUGGAGGCCUUUGGUCGAGUUCAAACAAUUGCCCAGAAUCCAAGAUGCCGCACCACAGUGCCGCUGCACAAGAAAUUGGUCAACUUUAUCAGUAUGUUUCAACACAAAUGGCGGAGCAUGGAAGUUCGAAUCUCAGAAGAGGCAAAACUACUAAACCCAAGUGAGACGCAAAAUCACAAUUCCACAAAUUUGGUCGACAGUCAGGUUCAGGAUCCAGAAAUAUGUUUUCUGCCAAAACCAGGCGUAACCAUACACCGGCCAUUGCUUAGUAUAACAGAAUAUCUCAGUAGUGUUAAUAUAUGUUUAACAGCUUACGAGGAGCGCAUGGGUAUUGCGGUCAAAGGGGAAAUGCUCAAUACCGAACGUCAUACCAAUGCGAGCAUACCGGCGACAGCUGCUUCUUCACAAUCUUCCAAUGCCCCUUCCGCGCCCACCAAUAAACGCUUGCGCACCGAAAGUGGUUCUGAAAAGAAAUCUCCAGAGCAAAAUAAACGCGCGAAAAACGCUGAUAAUGCAAAUGAGUCAUCACUAAACACAAUCGAAGAAACACCCGCAACAACUUCUAUCAUGGAUACAGAAUCCGUAACAUGUGCUAGGCAUGAAAUUAGUAGCGACGAACUAAGCGAUGAAAUUCAUGAACUUCUGUCCGAUACAACACCAGAACUGAAUGUUACAAAGGAAGAUCCCAUACCCACCCAAUCAUCCGCUACAGCCGCCGAAGUAUCCUCGACCAUACCACCUGUGUCUUCAGUGCGUGCCAAAUCGUCACGAAACGUUAAUGCAAAAAGCACUCGUUCAGUAUUUAAACCCCUGCUAAAUGAUGAUAUCAUACAACGCAUACGAAGUGGCUGGACCGCUUCAAGAGCUGGUGAUAUAACCAUAGGCGACCUUUAUGUAGUUCUUGGCCAUGAUUCUAAACUGGAAUUGGAUUAUUAUUGGUCGCCGGAAAAGCCUUCGAAUAUGGAAUCUCAACCGAGUCCCAACAAUAGCCUGUGUAUGGUCGAAGAGUCAGCGGUCUUAAGUAACAAACUAAAACAUCUGCUCUUCAUUGCGAAUUUAAGCGAACGCAUGAGAAAACGGCCAUGUAAUUGUGAUAGAAAUAAUGCAGCAAAGUCUAAGUUUGAAAGAGACUUUGCUGCACGCACCUUUGUAGCCAAUAAAUCGGUGUAUGGCCCUUGUGGCAUUGGAGCUAAAACUAGCGAUACCAAUAGUGGUAUAUUUAGACAACCAAUGAUUCCCGUACGCAGAACCACCAUAGACCCAGUCAAGCAGUUAACAACGCUUACAAGGCAAAAAAUGUCUCGUCAAAUAUUGGUACAAAGGCUCUUGUUACCGAGCAAUGGAUUUGCCAACUCUAGCAUUGGCAUUGCGAAUAAUAACAGUACUCCCAUCAUGACGGCGUCUUCAACAUCUACAUGCAAAAAUUCUAGUCAAGUGCCUUGGAACUCAACAACAGAUAAAACCACUUCCACCGCUGUUGGCCCCACAUCGCCCACCGCAAUUUCAAACAUUGAUAACCCCAGUGAUAGUCAGGAAUUGAGCACAUUUCUCAAUUCAUUGGAUAUCGAAAGUCAACGAGUAUUUGAGGCUCCUCCCGAAUGUCAAACAUCACAUCAAGAGAAGCAACUCGUUGCCGAAGAAAUAGAAGAUAGAACUGAUGGUCCAUCAUCUGUGCAAUCUGUAGACAGUGCGUUUGAUGAAUGUUCAAACACAAGUUUCCUUAAUAGCCUCACCCCCAUGCAUCUGAUAAGAGAUUCAACUUCCAACUCUAGGUGGCUUGAGGAAAAUAUAAAUGAUUUCUCCCUGACUAGUCUCUUGGGUCAUUUGGACGACAUUAAUGCUGGUCGCGAUAUAUUGGAUCCCUCUUCGAGUAUGUCUGUUAUAAGUGAGAGUAGUGUUGAUUACAUGCACAAGUUUCAAGAGAUUUCGGCCUUAUUACAAAGCCAAGAAAAAGAUUAACUUUAAUUUUAAGCUAUAAAAAACCUCAUUUCACCAUAUACAUAUACCCCGUAGUUUUGCCAUAAUGUACUGAUUUUACUAAGGCCCCGUAGUACUACCCUAAUAGCAUCUUGGAUACUUAUAUUAUUUUAAAUCAUUCGUUUGUUUAUGUACAUUAGAUAUAUAAAUAUAUAUAUUUUUUUUAAGUUUUGUGUGAAAUAACAUAAUCAAGUAUUAUCAUCAUUAAUUUUCAUGUAUUUGGACGUAUUUUCCUUUUUAAGUUAAGUUUAAGUGCAUCCUCCCAUGUUAACUAUAGUUAUUGAAGAAACAUUGAACACUUAUAGACUGUAGCAACAACCACUGUGGAACAACAACAGAAACAGUAAACUAUUAUACACACAUACAUAUAUAACCAACACCAAUUAAAAUAUCAUUUAUACAAUAAAUUUUAAAUUAUAAUUGGCAA